AUGUUUGAUGUGGCGAACGAUGAGGAUGCAAAGAGCAUUUGUUUUGAACGCUAUGGUUUUGUGCAAAAGCCGCUGUUCUUGGAAACAUGGCAAGAGUUUCUCCGUGAACUGCAGCGCGUAGAGCUUGCAUGGAGGUUGAUGCCGAGCGCUGGCGGCACCCUUCAGCUAAAGAUUCAUGACCACCUCGAACCCGGCGACGGGCUUCUGUGUGAACUGAAGGGCGCGGCGAAUCGGUCGGCGCCACUAGCGGAGUUUUUCGAAGCUUGUGGCUCCGUGUCGCAGGGCGCCAUGUCGAAAGCCGAAAUCGAAUUCUUCGAUGGGGAGAGCUGCUCUGUAUUGCUGAUCGAGAGCAAAAAGCGACUCGGUGAGAUUCCAUUCAAAGACAACCCUCCUAUUUUGCCUCUUUUGUGUCAGUUCAACUGCCGUGGAACUUCAGUGUCUCUUUCUGUACUGGACAAAAAAACACUCGUUCGAACACCCCUGUUCUCCGACAUUUCUAUUCAAACGCUGAACUACGCAUUCAUGACAUCUCUACCAUUGUUUUUGAAGCGGACAGACUUAGGCAUCCGCAACGCUGAUUUCGUGACAAAAGACCAGAUGCGUCAUUUUCGCUACGCGUGGUGCUUUCUUCGAAAAGAGUCGUGGAUGACACCAGUGGAGAUGGGGGAAUUAGAUGCACUACUUCCUCCCUAG